GUCUUUUUCUCACAUCGGCCUGAACCGAAACGAAAUCGUGCGAACCGAAAACGGAGCUCCCUCUGUUGAUCUGAACGGCACGCGGACGAGCCGAGCGAUCUCGAGGGUCCUCGAUCGAUCCGACAGAGCUCGGUGUGUCGUCCUCUUCCUGUUCUGUCUCUCCGCGAAGAGCAGAUCUCUUGUUUCGGAAUUGACGCAGAGAGAUGUGGGUGUUCUACCUGAUCUCGCUGCCACUAACCCUAGGGUUAGUUGUCUUCACGCUCCGGUACUUCGCCGGGCCGGAGAUUCCUCGGUACGUCCUCCUCACCGUCGGAUACACCUGGUUCUGCUCGGUUUCCAUCAUCAUUCUCGUCCCUGCCGACAUCUGGACGACGUUAUCUCUGCCGCCUAAUCAUCCUGAGAAUGGGGUCAUUUCCUUCUUCUGGAGCUGGUCAUACUGGAGUACAUUUCUGCUUACCUGGGCCGUGGUGCCCCUUAUCCAGGGUUUUGAAGAUGCUGGAGACUUCACUGUGCCAGAGAGAUUAAGGACUAGUGUGCACGUCAACUUGGUUUUCUACCUAGUCUUGGGAUUCAUAGGCUUUCUCGGUCUCAUCCUUCUUAUCACAAUGCACAGGAAGUGGAAAGGAAGCAUUUCGGGUUAUGCUAUGGCGUGCUCAAAUACAUUUGGGCUUGUCACUGGCGCGUUUCUUCUUGGAUUUGGCUUGAGUGAAAUUCCUAAGACCCUUUGGAGGAAUGCUGAUUGGACAACCCGCCAAAAAGUUCUCUCCCACAAAAUUGCCAAAAUUGCUGUGAAACUUGAUAAUGCCCACCAAGAACUUUCAAAUGCAAUUGUAGUUGCCCAAGCGACAUCAAAUCAAAUGUCAAAACGUGAUCCCAUGAGACCAUACAUGGAUGUUAUUGAUGCAAUGCUGGCUAGGAUGUUUAAGGAAGACCCAUCAUUUAAGCCGCAAGGUGGUCGAUUGGGUGAAAAUGAUAUGGACUAUGACACGGAUGAGAAAUCGAUGGCAACACUAAGGCGGCACCUCCGUAAUGCUAAGGAUGAAUAUUAUCGAUAUAAAAGUGAGUAUUUGACUUAUGUUACGGAGGCACUUGAACUCGAGGACACAAUAAAGAAUCAUGAGCGUCUUGAUUCAACUGGAUGGAAAUACAUAUCAAGCUUCAGGGCUGAGCGAAUCGGCAAGAUGGGAAAUCUUCUAGAUACAUUAGAAUUUAUGUGGAGGUGUAUUCUGAAGAAACAGAUUAAGAAGAUAUUGGCAGUAGUUAUGGGUGUUAUGUCGGGUGCAAUUCUUCUAGCGGAGGCAACUCUCCUUCUCAGUAAACUCGACUUGUCUCUCUUCUCAGUCCUUAUAAGAUCUGUCAAAUCAGACGAAUUACUAGUGCAGGUAUUUGCCUUUGUACCGUUGGUCUAUAUGUGCAUUUGCACAUAUUACUCGCUGUUCAAAAUCGGGAUGAUGAUGAUUUACUCCUUGACUCCUCGACAAACAAGUUCUGUGAACUUACUGAUGAUAUGCUCGAUGAUUGCCCGAUAUGCCCCACCCAUUUGUUACAACUUUAUUAAUCUCAUUCAACUUCAUUCGGAGACUAUUUUCGAGAAGAAAAUGGGUAAAAUCGACGGUGCUGUCCCUUUCUUUGGACAAGCCUUCAAUGAAAUCUACCCUCUUAUAAUGGUUUUCUACACCUUGCUGGUUGCGAGCAAUUUCUUUGACCGAAUCUUUAAUUACUUUGGUAGCUGGAAACGAUUUAGAUUUCAAACAGAGGCUGAUGACAUGGAUGGGUUUGACCCGUCGGGAUUAAUGAUUCUUAAAAAAGAACGGAUGUGGCUUGAAGAAGGGCAAAGAGUCGGCGAGCAUGUCGUUCCACUGGCUCGGAACUUUAAUGGGGUUGAAAUCGAAUCAGAAACCAACUUCUCUGACAAUUCUUCUGUGGAAAUGAAGCUAACGAGUGGUAGUAGCAAUGAUGUCGAAACUGGGAUGGGAACAUCAUCCAGACCAUCAAAGGAUGAUAACAAUGGUCGUAGAUAUGGAUCAACCAGAGAAGCCUUCUCUAACAAAUACGCAGCCAUGAGAGAACAACGCAGCAAACAGUCGUCGCCCACUAGAAAACAAGGCCAGGACAUUACCUCGGCCAAGGUCUCAUUACUCGAGGCAGACAGCUCGAACUCCGGUCCGAGCAGCGAGCCCUCUUCUCGCCUGGCAUCCACCUGGCGGAACAUGAAAAUAGGGUUUCAGAGCUUCAAAGACAAUGUCGCAACCAAAAAGUUCCUCCCUGUUCGGCAGAUUCCAGAAACGGGCACGAGAGAGCAGAACCUGUCGUCAUCUCAGUCACUGGACGAGAUAUUUCAGAGACUGAAAAACCGAUCGGUAGAUCAUGGACAUUACAUGGAUGGUGACUAUGAUGAUGACGGAUCGAGGUAAAUGGAAACGAGAAAGCUCAAGAACCCUGACUGUAAUGGCGUCUGUACAGAUUAUAAAUGUACGCAGAAAAAGGAGGAGAAUUCACCUGCGUCACUCGUAAUCAUUCAUCAGGUGAUGAUGUCACAGACGAAUUUCACACACACAUGGUAUAGAAGAAAAGGAGUGAAGAUUCUGAUUUGCCAAAAAUCAAGGGAUGUGUAGUUUUUUUAUAUAAAAAAAAAACUUUUUGUGCUGUCCUUUUGAAUUUUUUUUUUUUGGUGAUUUACGGAGGCUAUUUGGCUCUUUUGUAGGGUUUGUAUGUUUUCAAGCACUAAUCUUUAAAUGAGAAAAAUCCCUUUUUUUGACUCUUA